CCCAAACCCUAAAUGACCCUGUGGUAGCUCACCCAUUGCAGCCGUUCAUAACCCUAAAGAAGCGAUACCUCUCUUCGAAAACCAAAAAUGACAACCCGCUUCAAGAAGAACCGGAAGAAGAGAGGUCACGUGAGCGCUGGUCAUGGUCGUAUCGGAAAGCACAGGAAGCACCCUGGAGGUCGCGGAAAUGCAGGAGGCAUGCACCACCACAGGAUCCUCUUCGACAAAUACCAUCCUGGUUACUUCGGUAAGGUCGGUAUGCGCUACUUCCACAAGCUCCGCAACAAAUUCCACUGUCCCAUUGUCAACAUCGACAAGCUCUGGUCCAUGGUCCCACAAGAUGUCAAAGACAAGGCAACCAAGGAUACUGUGCCCAUGAUUGAUGUCACUCAGUUUGGUUACUUCAAGGUUCUUGGUAAGGGGGUUUUGCCUGAGAAGCAACCCAUUGUUGUCAAGGCCAAGCUUGUGUCAAAGAUUGCUGAGAAGAAGAUUAAGGAGGCUGGUGGAGCUGUUGUUCUUACAGCCUAGGUUAUGUUUCUUUCCAAGAUUUUGACUUGUCCUUAAAUUAAACGUGUUUAGUGAUACUUUUGGAUCCUUUUAUAAUUUUUAUGUUUUUUCUGUUGGUAAAUCGGGAUUUUGCUUGUCA